AUGAAGGGCGAAAAACUUCUCAAAAUUGUCAGACGGUCUCGUGCCGCAUACUUGGAUCAACUGUUUCGUGAUUACGCUUCCGCACCCGAAUCGGAUCGGAAAAGGAACAGAAAGUUCUCACACUUGAGGUUAUUCGGUCAAAAGAUGCAACCUCAUUCGACAACAGAGCUUCCGACAAUACCAAUCAGAUCAUACAGACGACCGGACAACGUCGAUGGUUCGUCAGCUGUUUGCUCCUCGGGACCAAAUGAGAUCAUCGUUGGUGAGAGUGGUACACAAAAACUUCUGGAUUCAGGAGAGGAUAUUUGGAAAGAUAUCACCAGCAAUAUCGAAACCCAGCAAUUUGCAGAAGCCUUCCCCGUUACCCUAUUCGACGUGCACACCGUCUAUGGCUGGCAAACAGCAAGUACAAUUCAUCGCUUUUCACCAUCCGGUGAUGGCCUGGCAGCUUUCCCAUGGAACACUUCAACAGACUGCCAAAUGACUUUAUCAGUCAGCCGAUAUUGGGUCACUUUCAGUUCACAUGACAAGGGUAAAACAGCCAUGAACCGUCUGAUGUUUGCGAUCAAAACUAGCUCUAUUUUUGCGUUCUCCGUGGGCAAGGAUGAAGGAUCCUGUAACAUCCUUCCGGUGCCACCCGAAGGAAGCACGAGGGCUGAGAUACUGCCACGUUACCCAAGCCUAGACAGAGGAAGUCGAGGUGCAGAGGUUGGGUUCGAACCACGGACCUUUUGUCUUGCAUUGUAUUUCGACUAUGGACAAUUUAUAUGCCUCCGAACGGUGAACAACCAUCUAAAUACCAUACGGCGAAUGCUUCAGACUAUCGAUAUGGCCCUAUGGCCGGAAAGGCUGGCCAAAGUGAAUCAUCUAACUGUCAGAGUAACAGAACAAUUCCAAAUGAAGCCAGUCUCCCUCAGCAGAAGGGAUUUGGUGGGCAAAGUACGAACGUCUCGUAAUCAGGAUUUACGGCCAUACACGCUAUCGGAUCUGGGAAUUUGUAUUACGGUUGCAGACGUACCGACCCGUUUGAUUGAUAUGUCCCCAGAAAACCCAGUUGGUCUGCCAUGCAUUCACAAGCUUGAACGAUCGAACGAAUCGGAAGACGAGCCAACUGGUCUGACAAAAGGUCAGUUGCUGUUGCGAAUCAGCACCUACUCUUUGGUCGACUUGUACAGAACCGUUCUUCGUACUCCUCCUGGACCGUCACGUGCGAUGUGGAAAAAUCCAUUUUGUAUGACCAACGUCCAUCGUCCGGAAAAAGUUCAUCUGACGGCGGAGCUGUUGAAUUUGAUGCGGAGGUUACAAUUCACACAAGAAGUUAUCACAUUUGUCGUAUGCAACGCAACUGACAUAAAGCCACUUGUGCAACAACGGGAAUCAAGUACUCCACAGCCCCUUUUCCCGGAUCCUUUUUUAGUCCCUCGAAUUGAGACCUCCCAAAUGCCUGUGAAACCGUUCGGGGAAGACAUCUCAUCCACGUCGCAUGCAGAAAGACUUGGUCCCCUGCAAGAUGCCCAAAUUAGUCCCGGCGGUUUUUCAGAUCUUGGCUCAGACCCAUGGAAUGAGCUGUCAAGCAGAAUAAACCCACCUGCGGAAUCUGUUCCCGGGAGCGUUAUAAGUCCAAGCUUGAAAGAGAUGACUGGACCCUUGUAUGAGGGCAUUGUAGUAACACGAAUGGGAUCCAUGUGUGUUGAAGAUGAUCUUUUCAAUGAACAGGAGUGCCAGUGGUUUUUCUCGGGUGCCGAAGUUGGCUCGAUUGCCAAGCUGGAAACGGGCAAUUCACCAGAACAAAGCAGUAACCAAAAAGAUCCAGGAUCCAGUUCG